AUGGAUACCUCCGAAAAUAAGGCACAUACGUUUGAUUUUAGUAAUAUAUUUCCCAAAUGUCGAGAUGGAUUUCAGUGGAAUAAUGUUUCUCCUCAUGGUGUUGUUCCUAACUUUUUAACAAAAUUGUGUAGUAAUUUUAACCGAGAUUAUAGAACUGUUGGUACUGAUGUUCAUCCCUUCGCUAAAGAUUGCCAACUUGUUACUUAUUAUUUGAACCAUAUAUAUAUUAAAGUAACAAGUAUUGAGUUAAAUGCAUGUUGCAAAUAUUUCUUUUAUAAGCUAAAAGAUCUACUGAGUAAAUAUCAAUGGAAAUGUGAAGACACUAAAAGCUGUUAUGAAGCAAUGAAGAGCUUAAGCAGAGAUAAGGAAUUCAAAGAUCAGAUUUAUCCAUUAUUUUCACAGUGCGAUAGUAAUCUUAGUGAUUUUAAUUAUGACAUAUAUCAAAUAUUUAAAAAGUUAGAUGUUAUAUAUCAUGCUUUAAACGAAUUUAAAAACAAGUCAUGUCCUAACAAAUCGGACCUUGACAAAAUUAAUAAUGAGAAGAAAUUCCUAGAAAGGAGUCAAAAUAAGUAUAGCGAGAGUUUUACACAAUUACUUAGAAAUUUUAAUGAGUUAUUUAAAACACGUGUGAACGAAUUAGAUCGUAAUAAGGGCUGUGUAAAACCGUUUUUAUCGUAUAUCAAGGAGGAAGAAAAGAUUAAAGGAAUAAUAAAAAUAUUAGA